AUGAAGCUCACCUCGGUCAUCAAACUCUCACUGAGCAGCUGGCUUCUCUCUAGUGGGGGUAUUGGACGCCAGCAGAGCGAGAUUAUUGGACGCAAGCAGGGUGAUGGAUACUCUCAGUGGUCGUCACCCUUGUUGGGAUCAUCUGGGCAGCACAUAGAGAACCACCACGUCCUGACUGAAGAUCCUCGAGCUCAGGACAAGGGUAAGGAGAAGGCAUUGGCCUCUCAAGACCCCACACAGAGACAUCUGUCUCAACCGACGCUGCCCCAAGAUCUUUCCGAUCAUACUUCCAUGGGCAUUAACGAAAUCCAUGAAGCGUCGUGGGAGCUCUCCCAAAACAACGACCGCCAAGUUAUGACUGGUUACACUGGCGCAAAGGAUAAAGGCAAGGGGAAAGCAUCAGGCUCCCAUCACCUGGAUCAAGAUGCACACAGUUCUCCUUCGUAUUCAGAAGAAUUGGCAACAAAUAUCAUCCUGGAUGCAUACGACGAAGGGCGUUUUCCCGAAAGUUCAGAGGACCUUAAGGGCGACCCUCGUCUUGAAUACGUCUAUAACACGCGCGGGCAAGGAGAACAUUCGAAGCUGGAUGGGUGGAAUGGUCAAUUUACGAAUGAUCAGUCGCUUGCGUCGGAAGCUUGGCCACUUCAACACCACGAUCCGUACUCGGAACAUCUGUCGUGGUCAUAUGAUCAGAACGCUCAGCCCAUGAUAGUUCAUCAAUGCUCGGGCGCUCAAUUCAAUAAGCCCCAGUCGCACCGACGUUGGUCGGGCAAUGCGGAAGGACAACCACAAAAGGUUCACCGCAAAAAGUUCAAAUAUGCUUCAGGAGAGAUCAAAAAUGAUUGGGAAGCCUUCAACUACAUGCUCACGACUACUUUCUAUAACGCUGUGAACGAUGCAGUCAGCCGAAAACAGUCAAUCGACGGCUCCGUUGCAGGUAGGACAAGGGGCUAUCUGGCUGAAGCUCCCCCUACAUGGUCCAUUUCGGUUGUCGACAAUCCGUUCGGAGCCAUCGAGGAACGUAUUUCUCAAUGGGCCAACCAGAAGAGGAAUGAGCUCGCCUUGAGAAGAGGAAGCGACGAGCUCGUAUAUAUGUGGCGAGACAAAUCGACGGAAAAGUGGAUCAUGAAGGAAGACUAUUCAUCUUCGUCCAGCAGAAUCACCAGCCAUCCCGCGGAUUGGUUCCGAAAGAGCGCCAAGUGGAACCCUAUCGCGGCUUACUUAGAAAAAAAGAGGAAAGCAGCAGAUCGGGCGAAAAAACGCGCGUCUGCGCGAAAGCGUCAGCAGGGUCAUGACUGA